AACACACCCUCCGGUGGUGAAGGUCUAUCGAUAGGUUUAGAUCGAAUUCUAAUAUGCCAAACAAGACGGGUCUAAAAUUGUUUACGAAAACGUGGCCUCUAAGACGAAACAAAAAAGUUGAAGAUGAAGAUCGCCAAAGACCACUGACCGCCACUUUGGACAAGCCUGCCAUACUGGACAUUCGAUUUAUAGAUAAAAUUGAUAUGAGCACUAUCAGAAAAGAGUUUCUGAACAUAACAAAUCUGUGUCGCAUGCCUUUAGUUAUUAGAAAAAAGGAGAUUCACAGACCUCUAAGUCUCAUAAGUCCAGAAAUGUAUAAUAGAACGAGAAGAAAAAGAAGAAAGGCCGAUUCGACCAACGAAAGCAACGACGAUACUGAAAACGAUGUAACCAAGAGUGCAAAAACUACUAACAUCACUUCGAGAUAUAGAUCGAAAAGCUCAAGCAAAUUGAAGGCCCUAAAAUCACCGAAAUAUAGUGACGCCAACAAUAAUAAUCAAAUUUUGAGACCGUCAAAAAAGCCGAUUCUAUCGACCAUCAAACAGCGUGAGACUACAGUCGCACCUCCAGCGCUUGCUAGCAAUCCGACGAAAUCGCCUUCGGCAUCGAUCAAACUUAUGCCGCCCUGCAAGACCUGCGGCAGGCCAGACUUGCCAGAAAGGUUCCACAGUCAUCCUACCACGCCACUUAAGUCCAAAAAGCCACAGCAGGACCCUGCAGAAGUCCAGAAAAUUAUUCCCGUAAAAAGCAGCGUUCAAAAACCGAUAGCUAUCAAGUAUGUUUCCAGAACAACUGCAAGUUCCAGACAAAAGAUUUUACCGAUAAAAAGACCAUCGGUUGGUUCUACUGGGGCUACUUCUCUACCAUUACCUUCGCCUCUAAGUCCAACAACGGUUAUUGGCACGACUAAAAUCAAUCCAGGUCAAGGAAACCUAACCGACGACAACAAAAAGAACUUGUGUGAGUCCAUUACAGAGACAAGGGAGAGGUCAGCGAUGAAAGGGAGUGCUGGCAAAAGAACUUUAACUUGUUACAUAUGCGGCAGGGAGUUUGGCACGGCUUCUCUACAUUUGCACGAGCCCAAAUGUUUAGAGAAGUGGGAACGGGAAAAUGCUGCACUACCCUUAAACAUGAGAAGAAAAGCACCUGUCAAACCUGACAGCGCGCUCUCACCUAGAAAUUUCAAUCAGCUAGCUUGGGAAGCGUCACAGUCUACUCUAGUUCCUUGCAAGAAUUGCGGAAGAACUUUUUACCCAGACAGGCUAAUGGUACAUCAAAGAAGUUGCCGAACUCCUAUUAAUACUCUUAAUAAGAAAUCAUCUACAACUAGCAGCAACAUGUCCGUAAACACUUCUUCCUCAAGUCCCGAAUCAUCGUCCUCAUCAAAAUCAGCCAAGUCCAAUCAACCCCCUGCUGUAGAGUGCUACAUUUGUGGCAAGAUGUUCGGCACCCAUUCCAUCAAGAUCCACGAAAAACAGUGUCUAAAAAAGUGGCACGUUGAAAACGAAAGUCUGCCCCACGAUAUGCGUAGUCCUGCGCCUUUAAAAACAGUUGCAGCUAAGAAGCAAUCUUCCGUUUCUUCAAUUUCGUCUUCGACUCCGGAACAGCCGAAGACACCAAAAACUCCAGCGUCUUCUAGCAAAGACGAACGUCCAACUUCUGGAGCUAAAUCACCUCUAUUUCCCUGUUACCUUUGCGGCAAACUGUUCACGGUGAAUUCCAUCUACAUUCACGAACCGCAGUGUCUAAAAAUGUGGAAGAUUGAAAACGACAAGCUGCCAGCCAGUAAGAGGAGACCUGUGCCUAUGAAACCUGACAUCAAAUUCACACGAUCAGGCAAGGUGAAUUACGAGGAGAUCAGCGAAACUUACUGGCAGAGUCACAUCAGUCAACUAGUUCCUUGCAAAUUGUGCUCUAGAACGUUCAACCCCGACAGAGUUGCCAUACACGAAAACAGUUGCAAAGGGACAUAAUAAUAUGUUCCUGAAAUAACCUGUAAACUCUUAAGAAUGCUUGAUUUUUUUUAUUACAAUAAUUAUGUUUGUAUAUAAUUCUAAUAGGAUCGAUUAGUGGAGAUGCGAUUGUAUAUGAAUGCAACCAACAAAACGCUAAGUUCUCACGAAAUUGAUUCAGAGACCUACUAUGAUUUUGAGACCACUAGAAACUACAUCUAGAAUCAUAUAAAUAUUAUCUCUUAGAACUUAGAACUAUACCUAGAACCACAGAAUAUAUAGCUUGCACUUAUAUUCCGUGCUGGCUUUUUAAGAAGAUAGAAGAUAUGUUUUAUAGGUAUAGUAUUAGCUGUAACUAAUGAGAGCAUAUUUAUUAAUUUAUUCUGUUUGCCUUUGAUUGUUGAUGAAACUCAAAUCACACAAAAAUCAAGGUAGAGUUAGCUCAUAUUAAUAUUAUUAAUACAUAGUUAGUAUACCGAAAUUAAAUAAUAUUUAUUCAAUUUAACGGACCUAAAACAUACAGGGUUUUCAAUUUAUUAAGUUAACAAAAUAUCAACGAAUUGAAAAAUAUUUCAUUUUAAAUAAAUGUGAGAGAUAUUGGGUAUUGGCAGUGGCGGCUAGUUCUAAAGGGCACAGAGGCACGUGCCAGUCCAAUCACCAAGACAAAAGGACAGAAAUACGAACAUUUAUAUAUAAAUAUAGGAUUAGUCUUGGGUGGAGAUUUCCGUAUGUAAGAAGAGUACAAUGCGUUUAUAAUGUACUGAACAAAGAGAGGACAGUAAACACG